AUGACCACCUACCAGUCCAUCUCUGAGCAGUCGCCUCUGCGCGCAAACACCCAGGACUCGGACGAGAUCCCGUACCACAACACGCCGACGGUCGUGGGCACCGUCUUUGGCGAGGAGUACGCCUCCUACUCGAUGACCGAGAAGGCCGCCUCCCUCAUUACAACCAACCGUCGCAAGCGUCCGGUGUUUUCGCUCGCGCUCGGUGCGCUGUUUGCCAUUAUCGUUGUUACGCUCUCGCUGUCGCUGAUCAGAGGAUACUCUGACUACUCGGCCUUCCGGGCGACGCACGAUAUCCCCCGCAGAGUCAAUGUGACGGAGAUGGUCAGCGGCGAGUACUACUACUCGUACUCCGACUACGGAUACUCCAGCACCUCCUACUACCCGUCCGCCACUUAUACGUCGUAUGCGGUUGAGCCCACCUCAUAG